AUGUUCUUCUGGGCUUACUUUUGCCAGUUUGAUAUUCCGGUACCUGAUGGAUUUGUCGUUGGGAGUCCAGAAGAAGCGAGAGAAGUGGUCUCCAAGAUCAGUGCGUUACCUGUUGGGAUUGGCGACGAUUCAUUACAUCGUGAAAGUCUGGCACAGAUCCUUGCUGGUGGGCGUGGCAAGGGGAAGUACGAGAGUGAUGGCAAAGGUGGCGUUCGCAUUAUGAAUUCACCUAUCGAGGCCUUUGAAAAUGCCUCAAGGAUGAUCGGGUACUACCUCACAACAAAUCAAACUCCACCUAACGGCCUCCUCGUCAAGAAGCUCUACAUAUAUAAAGCCGUGGAUGUUGCGCAGGAAUUCUAUGUCGCUUUAACAUUCGACCGCGCCCGGUACAUGCCUGUCCUCCUUAUCUCCGACGUUGGGGGUGUCGACAUUGAAUCCAAUGCGGACAAACUCCAGCAAUACUGGUUCGAUAUGACACAUGGAAUCACACGCGAGAUAAUCUCGUAUAUCCAAGCCCAACUAGGCUUCGCGGAUCCCGAAAUAGCUGUGAUAAGUCAUAUCCUUCACCAAAUGGUCAAGUUAUUCCGGGAGAAGGACGCCACACUCCUCGAGCUGAACCCACUGGUGCGCACACCAGAGGGGAAUUUUGUCUGUCUAGAUGCGAAAUUCACUUUCGAUAACUCGGCUAGAUUCCGACAGCCAGAAAUAUUCAGCCUUGAGGAGCGUUUGCCUGAAGAGGAAGAUCAGUAUGAGGCAUCCCAGUUGGGCCUUUCCUAUGUCCGUCUUGACGGUGACAUUGGAAACAUCGUGAAUGGAGCCGGUUUAGCGAUGGCGACAAACGACCUUGUUGGCUUGCACGGUGGAAAAUGCGCGAAUUUCCUGGACGUUGGCGGGGGAGCAACCGAGCAGACUUUAUCAAAGGCUUUCGAGAUCUUGAAUCGGGAUUCGCGAAUUAAGGGGAUCCUCAUUAAUAUCUAUGGUGGGAUCGUUCGCUGUGACAUGAUCGCCGAGUCUAUCGUCGCUGCUGCUGCUUCGACUGGGGGAUUUAGAGUUCCAGUAGUGGUCCGCCUUCAGGGAACUAACUGUGAGAAAGGGUUGAAAUUGAUUGAAUCAUCCGGGCUGGGCAAUGUGACUGUCGAGCCAGACUUCGAGCUCGCUGCUGAAAAGAUUGUGGAACUCGUGGAACUCGCGGGAAAACCUACUUAA